UGCGAACACAAUCCAAACAAUAUAUAUCUAUUUUGAAAGGAAAAAAAAAAAAAUGCAAAUGCCUUGCUCAACAGCUUCCUCUUCUCCAUCUCUGAUAUCCAAAUGCACUGUGUCUCCGGAUCAAAUCUCCACUCUCCCAGACCUCAAGCUCUCCGUCUCAGACCUCCCCAUGCUCUCCGUCCACUACAUCCAAAAGGGCUGCCUUUUCACUCGCCCUUCCAUCCCCAUCGAUUCCCUAAUCUCUCUACUCAAGCGGGGUCUCUCUCAAGCGCUCUCCCACUUCCCGCCCCUCGCUGGCCGAUUGAAGACCGACUUCCACGGCUACGUCUACAUUGAGUGCAACGACGCCGGGGUCGACUUUGUCCAUGCCACCGCUCCCAAUUUGUUCGUACGCGAUGUCUUGGUUCCGACCCGCGUGCCUGAUAGCUUCAACGAGUUCUUCCCGUUUGACCGGACCGUCAGCUUCGACGGCCAUUUCAAGCCCAUCCUGGCCAUCCAGGUCACGGAGCUCGCUGACGGCAUUUUCAUCGGUUGUGCUAUGAACCACGCGGUCACGGACGGUACGUCGUUUUGGAAUUUCUUCAAUUCUUUCGCCGAGGUGUCUCGUGGAGUGAAGAGGGUCUGGAAGCAACCGGACUUUAGCCGCAACUCGCCGCUAAUUUCUCCGGCGGUGCUGAGAUUACCGGAGGGUGGUCCGAAGGUCUCCUUCUCUAUCAACGAGCCGUUACGGGAAAGAAUUUUCAGCUUCGGCAGAGAAGCAAUUCUGAAGCUGAAAGCAAUGACCAACAAUCAGAAACGGGUCGAUAACGAUCGCGUCGAUGCCGUUGAGUUGUUGGGAAAGCAAAGUAACGACCCCUAUUUAAAUAACAACAAAGGUAAGGUGACGACUAUUCUGGAGAGCUUGUUCAACAACACCGUUUCGAAACCAAGAAAGGACACGGAGUCAAACAAAAACAUAACCUCGGAAAUUUCAUCGUUUCAGUCGCUCUCUGCGCUUCUCUGGCGAGCGGUAACUCGCGCGAGGAAACUUCCCUCUAACAAAACGACCAUUUUUAGAAUGGCAGUGAACUGCCGUCACAGGCUCCAACCAAAGAUGGAUGCGUACUACUUUGGGAACGCAAUUCAAAGCGUUCCGACCCUUGCGUCAGUCGGUGACGUUUUGUGUCGGGAUCUCCGCUGGUGCGCAGAGCAGCUCAACAAGAAUGUCAUGGCUCACGACGACUCGAUGGUGCGCCGCUUCGUAGAGGAUUGGGAGAGAAAUCCCAAGUGUUUCCCGUUAGGGAACUUUGACGGUGCAUCCGUCACGAUGGGUAGCUCACCGAGAUUUCCGAUGUACGACAAUGAUUUUGGUUGGGGCCGACCUUUAGCAAUUCGGAGCGGUGGUGCCAACAAGUUCGACGGUAAGAUAUCGGCGUUCCCGGGAAGAGCAGGGGUUGGUAGCGUGGAGCUGGAGGUGGUUUUGGCGGCCGAGACGAUGGCGGGGCUCGAGUCGGAUUCGGAGUUCAUGCAAUAUGUGUUGAAUUAAAUGCAAGAACAGAAUAAAAAACUUGCAUGGACAUGUUUGAAAUAUGGUUUCCUAAAGACAAAAUUACGUGAACUCCGAAAAUAAAUAAUGCCAUUGAUUGUAAGGAAAAAUUAGCGAUGGUAUUGAUGGGGUUACGCGACCAACGGCGUCAAAAGCACCGUGUGGAGAUCCUGAAGUCGUAUAGGAAGGGAUGGUUUUCUUUGUCAAUCUGUGACAUAGAUUUUAAUUUCUAAUUAAUGUUUCCUAAUUUCUUGCCUAUUUAUAAUUCUUUGCAUA